AUGCAGGUCGGCCGGAGCAAAGCGCGCAGCAGCACAGUGUAUAAGAACCUCAAUCCGACGUGGAACGAGGAGUUUCUAUUUAGAACGGAUUAUCUUGAAACGGAUGUUCUCCUCGUGACCGUGUGGGACGAGGAUUACUUAGGAAAAGCGGAUUUUCUGGGUCAAAUGUCGGUGCCGGUAGCUGCGGUGGCGGCGGCGGAAGGGAAGAGCCUCCCGCCGACGUGGUAUCCGCUCAAGAAGAAGAGCGAGCGGUCUCGCUCCUUCGUCUCAGGCGAGAGCGAUGCAGCAACCCCCCUCGCCGACCUUGCAUCACCCACUGACACGGCAAUCGGACCUCAUUCUGCCGACUUGCACCUAAAACCCGUCGCUGAAUCCCACGCCAUCCACCACUUCGCCUCGGCCCCUGCACGUCCCUCCAAAUCCCACUUCUUCCACUCCUUCACCCGCUCCAAAUCCAAAACUUCCACUCACGGCCACGUCAGCACCAUAUCCGAAUCUUCAGACGAAUCCUCCUCUCCCAUACCCCACAGCGCCCCCGCCUCCGCCCUCCUCCCUCACGCCGCCACCAUCAACACUCCCCCUCCACACGACCACUCCUCUAAAGACCCAGCAAGCACAGAGGCAAACACCGAGGUCGUCUUUCCAGCAGCCAAGUCAGUGGGGCUGAGGCAGCGCCUCUCUGGCUUCACCGCCUCCUCCUCUAAGCCUAAGGCCUCUCGCCGAGCCUCGGAGCACCAGCAGCAAGGGCCAGCGCACGGGCUGCCGAAGCAGCGCUCUGUGUCGUCCUUCCUGCCCCGCCGCCGCUCCUCCUCCACCGAAAACGCCCCCGUGAGGGCCAGUAAGAGCACGGAGGGUGCUGCUGCAUCCCCCCUGCCGAAAUCUGGGACUGUAACGGGAGGUGGGGCGGGUAGUGGAGGGUCAGGAGCGAGUUCAGGGGAUGAUGGGGGGGAGAAAGGGGAAGGUGCGGGGGCGGUGGGGGCGCUAGGCGGAGGGGAGAGCCUGGUGCCGCUGUCGUGGUUUGACGGGGAUCUUAAGGGGGUGGCUUCUAAGGGAGAUAUGCCGGCUGCGCUAGGGGGAGGAGUGCUGGUGGAGCAGUGGUAUGGCGUGCCGGCACAUGAGCUGAACGGGAUUCUCUUCAAGCCCGACUCGGACUUCUAUGCCGAGUUCACUGCUGAGCGCAAGGUAUCUCAGCUGGAAACCGGGCCCUGGAUCGAAGGAGACGCGGCAGCAAUUCCCUCUCUAGCCGACUCCCUCCCAGCCACCAUCACAACCGCCAACGUGCCCGCCUCUCCUCCUAUCAGCUCGCGGGUGGUCCGCUACAUGACCGCUCCCUCCUCCCUGGUCAAGUCUGUACUCGCUACAGAGCUGAUGCGUUAUAGCAGGGCGGACGCGGGGGGGUAUCUGGUGGAGGUGUAUGUGGCGACGCCUGACGUGCCGUAUGGCAACACAUUCCGCACCGAAAUGCAGUUCUGCAUCACGCCUUCCCCAGACGGCAGCAGCUGCCAGCUGCGGGUGUCAUGGGCGCCGUGCUUCCUGCAGAGCACCAUGAUGAAGGGCAUGAUCGAGAACGGCAUGCGCUCCGGGCUCAAGGACACCUACACGGUGUUCCAGGCGAGCACCAUGAUGAAGGGCAUGAUUGAGAACGGCAUGCGCUCCGGGCUCAAGGACACCUACACGGUGUUCCAGGCGCGCGUCAAGGGCCUGCCAGGCGUGCAGUUUCUGCUGCUGGACCUGCCUGACGGGGUGAUGGAGCUGCUGUGCACGGCUGUCAUUGUGCUCUCUGCUGAGAGGGCGCUGUUUCGACUAAGGAAUAUCGUCACCUCGCGGCUCCUGAGAAGGGGCGACCAUGGGAAGAAGGCGGAGGGGGAGGGGUGGCUGCUGACAGUGACGCUGGUGCAAGGCGAGGGCGUGGGGGAGGCAGGGGGAGUCGGCGGCAAGAGCGAUCCCUACGUGGUGUUCACAUGCAAUGGCAAGACACGCACCAGCUCUGUCAAGCUGCAGACCAACCGCCCGAGCGAUCCCUACGUGGUGUUCACGUGCAAUGGCAAGACACGCACUAGCUCUGUCAAGCUGCAGACCAACCGCCCGGUGUGGAACGAGGUACUGUCCUUUGACGCCUUUGAGGACCCGCCCUCAACGCUAGACGUGGAGAUAUUUGACUACGACGGGCCCUUCUCAGCGCCCACAGCGCUGGGGCAGGCAGAGGUGGAUCUCGUGCGAUCCAGCGCCCAGGAGCUCUCCGACCUCUGGGUGCCGCUGCAGGGCGGGCCGCGGGCAGAUGCGCGCAAGGGGGGUAAGGCGCAGGGGCAGGCGCCGGGGCAGGGGGUGGAGGCGAGGCUGCAGCUGAGGGUGCUGCUGACGAGUACGAGUGAGGCUUCUCCUCCGAUGAUUCUUGAGAGGAUCAGCAAGCAAGUCGGCAAGGAGCUCCUGCGUAUCUCCGAUGAGAAGAACACGGCAUUCCAUAACUUAUUCGACCUGCCCGACAACGAGCCGCUUAUCAACGACUUCUCCUGUGCACUCAAGAAGAACCUUCUUUCCCAGGGCCGCCUCUUCCUCUCCCCGCGCCUGCUAGCCUUCCACGCGUCGCUCUUCCGAGUGCGCAUAAAGCUAGCGGUGCGAUGGGAGGACAUAGACGAGCUCAAGGAGAACGCGCCCUCCAUCCACUCUAUCAACCGCCUCCUCAACCCCUCCAUCACCAUCUAUGUCAAGCCCGGCCGCGGCGGCCCCGACACGCGCAGCGCUGCGUACGGCAUCGACCCUUCAGGGCGGCUCAAGAUUCGCUUCCAGUCCUUCGCUCGCCCCACCAUUGCCUUCCGCCGUGCUGUGGCGCCACAGGGCGCUGUCCCACGAGCACGCUGUGAUGCCUCCUCUUUCCUUCCCCCUUUCCUUCCCCUCCCCUUCCUUCUCCCUCCUUUCCUCCCCCACCCCCCCCACCUCCCCUCCCCUCCCCAGGUUGAUCACAGCGCUGUGGCACCACAGGGCGCUGCCCCUGAGCAGCAGCUGGAGCGAGCCAAGGAGGCCGCCAGCGCUGCCCCCCAAGCAGGCUCGCUGUGGCGCCACAGGGCGCUGCCCCCCGAGCAGCAGCUGGAGCGAGCCAAAGAGGCCGCCAGCGCUGCCGCUGCUGCGGAGGCGGGCGGGGCAGACGCAGGGGCAGCGGCAGGAGCAGGGGCAGGGGCAGGAGCAGGGGCAGCGACAGGGGCAGGAGCAGGGGCAGGGGCAGGGGCAGGGGGAGGCGAAGGGAUGGUGGAGCAGUUCCUGGCGAUGACAGAGCAGCAGCAGCUGCAGCGCAAGGUAGCAGAUGCCACGGGCCAGACCCACCUGGAGGUCUCUGAUUGGGUGGCAGUGGACGGCGCGCCGCCCGGUGCCGCCCGGCGCCAGCGCAACAUCAAGUUCAAGUUCUCGCGCCAGAUGUCGCCGUUUGGGACCACCGUGUCAGGCGUGCAGCAGGCCACUAAGGACGCGACACCUGGCAUGUGCACGUGGGCGAUGCUAGAGGAGUCGAUCACUCUGCACCAAGUGCCCUUUGGUGACUACUUCCAGGUGGAGACCAAGCGGGAGCUCAAGUCACAGCAGCUUCUGAACGGCAAGGAGGAUGUGAGUGCGGAGGAUAAGGCACAUAGACUUAACGAGCGUGUGUCGGAGCUCAAGACAACUGUGGGCAUCACAUGGCAAAAGCAGGCAAAUGAACGCACCCGUGUCAAGAUAAAGGCGAACGUUGGGCCCCGCGGAGGCCCGCGCCGGCCGCCGCAUUUGCCGGCGGGGAAGGCGGGAGGCGACUGGUUCGCGUCGCUCCGCGGUCGAACGCUCAUGUCCAUCGCUCUCGUCGCCGUCGUCGCCUCCACCAGGCGCACCUGGUUCCCGUCGGCGCAGCUGGCGGCGCUGCUGGUGGAGCGGGGCGGGUGCGAGUUCCCCAUCCAGCUCAACGCGCGGGGCGCACUGGAAGGCCCGUGGGUGAACCACUCCUCGCACGACCCGCACGCUCUCCUCGACCUCGUCUCUCGCUCCUCCUCCUCGUGGGAUAGGCGGCACGCGUUUGCAUCGGACGCGGACGGGGGGGGCCGGGGGGUGGGGGAGGCGGAGUUCUACACGCCUGCGCGGUACCAGGCGCUGGGGAAGGUGGUGGCGGCGGAGGAGGGGGAGGACGACGGCAAGGCGCCGUGGGGGCACGUGGUGGAGGGGUUGUUGACGGCGGGCACGCUCAGCACGGGGAAUCGACUCACGCUGGCGUUUGCACGGCUGGCGGAGAGGUUCCUGGCUUCGUGGGUGCGCAUCGAUGUGAGUGGACAUGGGGGGAUGGGGGGGAGAGGUGGGGGGACGGGGGGGAUGGGGAGGGGGGGAUGGGGAAGUGGGGGAUGGGGAAGUGGGGGUGGGAAGCUAUCUGAAUUAAUGUGA